AUGUGAACCGCACUCAGUCUGUGGGUUUUGAAAUAAUGCUCCGCUGUUUUUUCUCCCUCUGCUUGGGGGUUCUUGUUCUCUCAAAAUUCACUUUCAUCAAGUGCUGAUCUUUCCAAUCGAAAAUGUUAUCUAUACGUCUUCUCCUCCUUUGGGUUCUUGCGUUGAAUUUCUUUGGAACGUUGCGAUGUGGAGCUCCUCUUCUGGCUCAAGAUGAAGUGGAGGCUCUCAAGAAAAUUGCAACAACGCUCAACAGACCAAGAUGGAAUUUCAGUGCGGAUCCUUGCAGUGGCGAGCGUAGCUGGGUCACACCUAGCACCAACAUCGAUGGCAAUAGCUCCGUCAAAUGUAGCUGCACUGGGGUCUGCCAUGUCACGGUCUUAGCCCUCCGGCGUGGGAGCCUUUCUGGAGUGCUUCCUUCACAACUGACCAGCCUUCCCUACCUCAGCGAAAUAGAUCUCACUCGUAAUUACCUCAACGGUACAAUACCUACACAAUGGGCUUCCAUGCGGUUGCAACGAAUCUCUGUCGGUGUGAACCGCAUAUCGGGGCCAAUCCCAAAGGAACUUGGAAACAUCACCUCCCUCACGAGUCUGGUCAUCGAGGCCAACCAGAUAUCUGGAUAUCUUCCUCCGGAGCUUGGGAAUCUCACCAACCUUCAGAGAUUGAUAAUUUCCUCAAAUAACUUUACAGGGGAGUUGCCAGGGGCUCUUGCAAAGCUCUCGAACCUCAAGGACUUUAGGAUAAGCGACAAUCAUUUUACUGGAAAGAUACCUGAUUUUAUUCAAAAUUGGAAACAACUUGAGAGAUUAGAUAUACAAGGAACCAAUAUGGAAGGACCAAUUCCUUAUGGCAUUUCCCGUUUGGAGAACUUGAUCCAACUAAUUAUCAGUGACAUAACUGGAAUGGAAUCAGAAUUUCCCCAACUGAGUAAUAUCGCAAACAUUAGGACCUUGAUAUUGCGGAAUUGCAAUAUUAUUGGAGAGAUACCUGCAUAUAUUGGAGAAAUGGGACUACUGGAUUUGUUAGAUCUUAGCUUUAACAGGUUGGCGGGAACGAUUCCAAGCACCUUCAGAAGUCUACCACAAGUGGAUUUCCUGUAUUUGACUAGCAAUUUGCUAACAGGAUCUGUACAAGACUGGAUGAUUAAUAGGCCAGCAAACAUUGAUCUUUCUUACAAUAGUUUUACAUGGGGAAGCCUUGUGCCACAAAAUUGUCAACAAGGAAGAACAAACUUGUUUGGAAGCUCUUCUAUAGGGAAUGACACAAGUGAAGCUUUUCCAUGCUCAAAAAAGAUAUUUCCCUGUUCAAAAUAUCGUUAUUCUUUGUAUAUAAAUUGUGGCGGAGAUCAAGUAACUAUAAACAAAAACACCACAUACGAAGCAGAUCAACAAUUAUCUGGGGCUUCGACUUUUGUUUUAAGUGAUGGAAGAAACUGGGCACGUAGUAGUACUGGAAACUUCGUUAAUUCUGAAAAAUCUAUAGACAGCUACAUAGCAGAAAAUAAAUCCAUGCUCUCUAUGCCUAACUCUGAGUUGUACACUAAGGCGCGGCUUUCUCCCCUUUCCCUCACUUAUUCUGGGCUUUGUCUUCUAAAUGGGAACUACACUGUAAAGCUCCACUUUGCAGAGAUAAUCUUCACAGAUGGCAGAACAUAUAGCAUCCUUGGAAAGCGUAUAUUUGAUGUUUACAUUCAGGGAGAAUUGGUAUUGAAGGAUUUCAAUAUCAAAGAUGAAGCUGGUGGUUCUAGUCAACCAGUCGUGAAGAAUUUUACUACUGUUCCUGUGACUAAUAACACUUUGGAGAUCCGUUUCUGUUGGGCGGGGAAAGGGACACAAAUUGUCCCAGAUCGAGGAACCUAUGGCCCUCUCAUUUCAGCAAUUUCUGUGGACCCUGAAUUUACACCUCCAAAAAGUGGCAAGAAGAUCUCUACUGGUGUUGCAGUCGGGAUUGUAGCUUCAGUAUUAUUUCUUUCUUUCUUGUUUUUGGUUUUCCUCUGGAGGAAAGGCUUCCUAGGAGGUAAAACCACAAAGGACAAAGAUCUCAGGGAUUUAGAUCUACGAACCAGUUUGUUUACCUUAAGACAGAUUAGAGCUGCCACAGGCAACUUUCACAUUUCAAACAAGCUUGGGGAAGGUGGUUUCGGUUCUGUUUACAAGGGUCUAUUAUCAGACGGCACUUCAAUUGCAGUGAAACAGCUUUCAUCCAAAUCAAAGCAAGGAAGCCGUGAAUUUGUGACUGAAAUAGGCAUGAUAUCUACUUUUCAACACCCAAAUCUUGUAAAACUUUAUGGAUGUUGUAUCGAGGGAGAUCAACUAUUGCUAGUUUAUGAGUACAUGGAAAAUAAUAGCCUUGCUCGUGCUCUGUUUGGCCCAGAAGAAUAUCAAUUGCAGCUUGAUUGGCCAACAAGGCACAAGAUUUGUGUUGGCAUAGCAAGAGGUCUAGCUUAUCUCCAUGAAGAAUCGACGCUGAAAAUUGUUCAUAGAGACAUCAAAGCCACCAAUGUACUGCUCGAUCGGGAUCUUAUACCAAAGAUAUCUGACUUUGGUCUGGCAAGGCUUGGUGAAGAGGAGAACACCCACAUCAGCACUCGAGUAGCUGGAACCAUGGGCUAUAUGGCACCAGAAUAUGCAAUGCAUGGUUACCUGACUCAGAAAGCAGACGUUUACAGCUUUGGUGUCGUUGCUUUGGAAAUUGUCAGUAGGAAGAGCAUCACAAAUUUCAGGCCGGAGGGGGAUCACAUUCAUUUAGUGGAUUGGGCAUAUGCUCUGCAAGAGAGAGGAAGUCUAAUGGCGCUUGUUGAUCCGAAGUUGGGGUUGGAGUUCAACAAGAAAGAGGCAAUUGCGAUGAUCAAUGUGGCCCUCUUAUGCACUAAUGCAUCUCCUGUACUGAGGCCAGCCAUGUCUGCUGUAGUUAGCAUGCUUGAAGGACGGAGUGAUGUCCAAGAUCUGAUUCCGAAUUCAAGUUUUUCCAGGGAUUAUUUGAAGCUUAGAGGCAGUGGCAGUCAUUACCAAGAGAUCCAAAGCCAGAUCAUGAGUCCUAGCCAGGGCCAAACCCUGACUGUAUCAACGGGUCAACUAGAGAUCGAUCUUUCUAGUCAAUAUGGAUUCUCAGUAUCUGAAUUUGAGGCGCUUCAAGCAAUCUCAAACAAGUAUCCUUGCAAUGGAACAAGCUCGUGGGUCACGAACUCAACGGCCUUCUACCGAAACAACGUUUCAUGCAACUGCAACUCAACUGUUUGCCAUGUUGUUAGGGUAGAGCUCAAGGGUCAGAACCUAGCUGCAGUUCUACCUGAAGAAUUUGCUAAUCUAACCUUCCUGGGACAUCUGGACCUCAGUCGCAACUAUCUCAACGGCUCGAUCCCUGCCACGUGGGCUUCCCUCCCUCUAGUCAAUUUGUCUGUUAUGGGAAAUCGUAUCUCUGGAAGAAUUCCAAAGGAGCUGGGAAACAUCUCGACACUCAAGAUACUGAUCAUUGAAGAUAAUGAGAUCGAUGGACCUCUCCCUCCAGAGCUUGGUAAUUUGGGCAGCUUGGAGAGAUUUGUCGCUUCUGCAAAUAACUUCACAGGACCAUUGCCCACGACGUUUCUGAAGCUGACAAAUUUGACUAUGUUUACAAUAGAUGGGAAUCCCAUCUCCGGGAAGAUUCCUGAUUUCAUUGGGAACUGGACACAAAUCCAAAGAUUAGAUAUGCAAGGCACGUCUAUGGAGGGACCGUUUCCUGCUAACAUUGCUCUCUUGAAAAAUUUAACAGAACUGAGGAUAUCUGACUUGAAGGGAUUAAGCAUGGGCUUCCCUCCAUUGCAGAAUAUGAAAGACAUGAGGAUACUGAUACUAAGAAGCUGCUUGAUCUCUGAUGAAAUCCCACAAUUUAUUGCAGACAACAUGAAGAAUCUAAAUACCCUAGACCUAAGCUUUAACAACUUGACUGGAAAAAUUCCCAAAAACUUCGAGCUGUUGUCUUCAAUAAGUUUUAUGUAUCUUACUAACAAUAAGUUGACUGGAGACAUACCUAAGCGGAUACUGAGAAGCACGGCACGCUUGGAUAUCUCUAACAAUUAUUUUACAGGUCCGCCUCCACCAUCCUAUUGCCAGCAAGGGAAUGUGAAUUUGGUUGCCAGUUUUUCAUCUACUGAAAACAGCUUAAUUGCUCCAUGCUUCAGGAAGAACCUCCCCUGCUCUAGAAAAGCAGAGUUCUAUUCCUUGUUCAUAAAUUGCGGAGGCACGGCAAUGACUGUUGGGAAGCAAGAAUACGAAGGAGACUCAUCAAAAAUGGGACCGUCGACAUUCUCUUCUACUGAAAGAUGGGCUUACAGUAGCACAGGGAAUUUCAUGGACAAUGACAAGGCGGAGUAUAUAGUAACAAAUACAUCAGUCCUGAACAUAACUAAUCCAGACUUGUACAUGACAGCCCGACUCGCCCCUCUCUCCCUCAAAUACUAUGGGCUUUGUUUGCAGAAUGGCAAUUAUUCAGUGAAACUCCACUUUGCUGAGAUAAUAUACACAGCUGACCAAACCUAUAGCAGCAACGGCAGACGCAUAUUUGACAUAUCAAUCCAGGGUCAAAGAGUUUUGAAGGAUUUCAACAUUCAAGAAGUAGCUGGUGGUCCUGGUCGGGAAAUCAUUAUGCCCUUCACUACAAAUGUGACGGAUCACACUUUGGAAAUCCACUUAUACUGGGCUGGGAAAGGGACGACUGCCAUUCCAGACAGAGGUGUAUAUGGACCCCUUAUAUCAGCCAUUACAGUGACGCCAAACUUCAAACCUCAUAUUGGUGAUGGUAGGCUAUCUGUGGGAGCUAUUGUUGGUAUUGCAGCUGCUUCCUGUGUAACCAUUGUGUUGAUAUUGCUCUUUCUUUGGAUAAAAGGUUGUUUGGGACGAAAAGACCUUGUAGAUGAGGAACUCAGAGGCUUAGAAUUACAGCCUGGGCACAUUAGCUUAAAACAGAUUAAAGCUGCAACCAAUAACUUUGAUCCUGCAAAUAAGAUAGGUGAAGGUGGUUUUGGUCCAGUUUACAAGGGUACACUGUCUGAUGGUUCCAAGGUUGCUGUAAAGCAGCUCUCUUCUAGGUCCAAGCAAGGGAACCGUGAGUUCCUAAACGAGAUAGGCAUGAUAUCUGCUCUACAACACCCAAAUCUCGUGAAACUUUUUGGAUGUUGUGUGGAAGGAAACCAGCUGCUUGUUAUAUACGAAUACAUGGAAAACAAUUGCCUUGCACGUGCACUGUUUGGUCGUGAGGAACAUAGGUUGAAGCUGGACUGGCCAACAAGGUGUAAGAUUUGCUUUGGGAUAGCGAGGGGUUUGGCCCAUCUACAUGAAGAAUCAAGGCUGAAGAUUGUUCAUCGAGAUAUAAAGGCAACCAAUGUUCUGCUUGAUAAGGAUCUUAAUGCUAAGAUAUCUGACUUUGGUUUGGCUAAGCUUGAUGAAGAGGAAAACACCCACAUCAGCACUCGAAUAGCUGGAACCAUAGGAUAUAUGGCUCCUGAAUAUGCAAUGAGGGGUUACUUGACUGACAAAGCAGAUGUUUACAGCUUCGGAGUCGUUUUGCUGGAGAUUGUCAGUGGGAGAAGCAACACGAAUUGCAUGCCAAAGGAAGAUUUUGUUCAUCUUCUUGACUGGGCCUAUGUGCUACAAGAGCAGGGAAUUCUCCUAGAACUUGUAGACCCGAGCCUCGGAUUAGACUACUCUGAGGAAGAGGCAUUGAGGAUGCUGAAUUUAGCUCUCUUAUGCACCAACCCGUCUCCUAGCUUGAGGCCAGCAAUGUCUGCUGCGGUUAGGAUGCUUGAAGGGAAAAUAGAAGUGCGGGCCCCGCUUGUGAAGCGGAGUUCAAGGAGUGAGAAUUUGAGGUUUAAGGCUUUUGAGAAGCUCUCUCAAGACAACCAAACACAGAGCACAUCAACGGAUGACACAUCUCUUUAUUCCUUGGGAUCUCUUCAUAGCAUGGAGGGAGGGAGUGGGGUCCAUCAUUCAACGGUCAAGCCUCACCUCCAUCACUUGGAUAGUGAUGAAAACUGAGUGACGCUAGGAUGAGAGGUUGGAGCGAGCACUAGAUGUCCUACAUUCCACAUCAAGAGAAAUGAAGAAAUGCUCGCAUGCUAGUUGUAAACGGGACCACUGUGCUGUUUGUAUGACAUCCAACCAGUCCAACAAGGUCGCUCCACCAUCAAAA